CUGAUUCACGUGAAUGCACCACGUGAUUUAAUUUACAUGCGAGUCCCAGUUCAAGCCCGACGAGCCUGAAACCUUUUUCCACGAAGUUCCUUAGGAGAUCAAGCAAAUCUUCAACUAGGCAGCAAACUUCAGAUCUUCAUGUCCGGACUGCAUUUAUUCCUCGAGCUCUUUGGCGCGGUACUUUUCCGAUGUGACGAAGAAGCAGAGCAGGUGCAUUUGAAUGGAGGAAAAAGUCCGACUGCAAGUUCUCUCCAUAUGGCGAACUGGAUCUCUUUACUUGAGUAGCCAGAGAAAGAAAACAACGAUGAAUUUGAUACUCAAUGUCUUUCAUUGUCAAGAAUAGCGUGUAAAGAUACUCCGGGGCAAAAGAGAUCUCCCAUUGGUGAACCAGUGUUGUUAAACAACAACAAAACAAUCCACCUUAAAGAACUCUACCUAAAACUAAAGCUAAAAUCUGGAUAUACCAAGGUAAGGCUAAAGAGGAAGAAGGAGCCAAAGUGGGUGAAAAUAAAGAGAAGCUAUGGAAAAAAACAGGACUCCUUCCUCCUGCGACACAGCCAAAGAGAGAGUGGACAGUGUGGAUCCGUAUGGCUUUGAGCGUCCAAAAGACUUUGACUACGAGUCAUAUGAAGAGCUGAUGUCGGAGUAUCUUGUGGUGCUCACUCAAAGGUCCAUCAAGUGGUCUAAACUAUUGAAGCGCAAACACAAGGUGCAGAGGAAUGUGAAACUGAAGCGUUAUAUACGUAAGGGGAUACCGAAUGAGCAUAGGGCUCUGAUCUGGAUGGUGGCUAGUGGAGCUCAAGAGCAGUUGGAGAAGAAUCCAGGCUACUACCAGACCCUGCUUGGUGCCCAACAUGACCCCAAAGUGGUGGAGACCAUCUCUACAGACUUGAACAGAACAUUUCCUGACAAUGUGUUGUUUCGGAAGACCUCCAACCCGUGUCUACAGAAAGCUUUGUACAAUGUGCUGCGGGCUUACGGUCAGCACAAUGCAGCUGUGGGUUAUUGUCAGGGCAUGAAUUUUAUAGCUGGGUAUCUGCUCAUCAUAACAAAAGAUGAAGAAAAAUCUUUCUGGCUGAUGGAUGCACUCCUUGGCAGGAUUUUACCAGACUACUACAGUCCAGAAAUGCUUGGCUUGAAAACGGACCAGGAGGUGUUGGGGGAGCUGGUGAGGGUUAGGUCCCCUAAGGCUUGGAAGGCCAUGGUGGAUCACAAUGUUAUGUGGACUCUCGUAGUGUCUCGAUGGUUCAUUUGUCUCUACAUAGACAUUCUUCCCGUUGAGACAGUUCUACGAAUUUGGGACUGCCUUUUCUAUGAAGGUUCGAAAAUCCUGUUCCGUGUCGCACUGACACUCAUUCAUCGCUACAGAAAUCUAAUUGAACAAGCCCAAUCCCUGCCAGACAUAUGCCAAAUUUUCAAACAGAUGACACGCGGUCCAUUUGUGGAUGAAUGCCAUCCUUUCAUGCAGAAAAUCUUCACUGAACCUGGAAGUCUGUCUAAUGCAACGUUGACUAAGCUCAGAGCAGUCUGUCGGGGACAUAUCAUUUCUGCGGAAGCAAAAUGAAUUUUUCCUCUACAAACUUAAAAAAAAAAAAUGGAAUAGGGACCAAAAACCUUUUUGUACCUUGAACUUCUAUUUGUAAACAUUUCACACAUAAAUGGGAAAAUAUAGUCAUGUGAUCUUUGUACCAAUUUAAAAUAAUUUUAGUUUGAAAUUCAAAGCAAUUUAGGCCUUAGGAAUUAGUUACUGCAUACACUCCACAGAUGUCAGUAUCCAGGUCUUGCUUUGUACUUUGCGCAGCUAAGUGAUGUCUCAGUGUAUUUUUGGGUAUCCACUUUGGUUAAAUUAACUUCUCUAACCUUGAAGAUGUUUGCAAUGUAAAUGAAUUGAAAGAAUGUCAUAAGCUUUUGGAUCCUACAUUUCAUGUGGUUUGCCGCUCAUUCUACCUGACCAAAAUAUAACAA